GAGAGCUCUCAGCUGAUGGAGGCGGAGUCAGACGCGAUUUGGCGCAAGUUUGUGUUGAGAAGGAGACGAGCUGCGAGAGGGACAGACGGAGAGGACACAAGACAGGACAAGACAGGACACACGGCUCUGGUUCCAGAAGAUUCUGAACUUUUUAACACAAGAGACGUCACGAUGCCCAGCACUCGCUCCAAGGGCCACGCUCAGCCCGUGCUGCAGUUCCCCCGGCGUAAAUCCUGCAGAGUCUCCUCUCGCUCCAAAGAGCUUGAAAAGUCGACCGACGCCGACCUCCAGCCCCCGAUCAGGAUCAGGAUCGCGCCGCUCUCCCCGAGGCGCCCCGUCGACCCGCCCACCGCCCUGUCGCCCAGACGCCUCCCCGCUCUGACCUCCCCCCUCUCCCCCAGACGCCCUCCUCACCCUCCUUCUUCUCCGAGUCUCCAAACCCGGAUUCCCCUCAGCCCACGAAAGCGCACGGGCGACGACAACGGUUGUAACGUCCUCGGUGGCGGCGCCGCCGCCGCUCUGCUCGGUUCCCCUCCGAAGCAGAGCAAGCCGUCCCCCCUGGCCUCGCCCCGGAGGCUGGGCUUCGACGAGAACUCCCCGGUCCCGGCUCGCCGCCGGCUCGUCCCGUCCUCCCCCUCGUCCAAGUCGACGCCCGCCCCCCAGAGCCCGGGCAAGAAGCCGCCGGUGGCUCGGCUCUUUGCGGAAAAGUCGAGGUUCCUGGGCGUGAAGCAGGCCCUCCACACGGCCGUCCCGGAGCGCCUCCUGUCCAGGGAGGACGAGCGGGCGUCCAUCCGCUCCUUCCUGGAGGACAAGGUGCUGCAGUGUGUCCCCGGCAGCCUCUACAUCUCCGGAGCCCCGGGGACCGGCAAGACGGCGUGUCUCAACUGUGUGCUGCAGGAGAUGAAGGCCGAGCUGUCCUCCGUCCAGACCGUGGUGGUGAACUGCAUGAGUCUGCGGAGCUCCCACGCCAUCUUCCCGCUCCUGGCCGACAAGCUGAGGGCGUCGGGCGGACAGAGCGGCCUCCAGAGGCUCCUCACGUCCAAGGGCCCCCCCGUGCUUCUUGUCCUGGAUGAGAUGGACCAGCUGGACAGUAAAGCUCAGGACGUCCUCUACACCAUCUUCGAGUGGCCGUACCUGGACGGCUCCCGACUCUGUCUCAUCGGCAUCGCCAACGCUCUGGAUCUGACCGACCGGAUCCUCCCCCGGCUGCAGGCUCGCCCUCACUGUCGCCCCCUGCUGCUCCACUUCCCUCCCUACAGCCGACAGGAGCUCGCCGCCAUCGUUCAGGACAGACUCACACAGGCGUCGGCUGAAGGAAUCCUGGACGCCUCCGCGGUUCAGUUCUGUGCCAGGAAAGUGUCGGCCGUGUCCGGAGACGCCAGGAAAGCUCUGGAUAUCUGCAGGAGGGCUGUUGAGAUCGUGGAAUCUGAUGAGAGGAAGAAAGCAGCGGAUACGAAAGGUGAAGCUAAAGCGUCCCGGGUCAGCCUCCCUCAGGUGGCGCGGGUUCUCUCGGAGGUGUACGGCGACCGCAUGGCGUCUCAGGGCGGCGCCUCGGACGGAGAGAGUUUCCCUCUGCAGCAGAAGCUCCUGGUCUGCUGCCUCCUGCUGCUCAGCCGCAACGGAAAGAGCAAAGAGGUGGUCCUGGGGAAGCUCCAUGAAGUGUACACUCGUCUGUGCGCUCAGAGGCAGGUGUCUGGGGUGGGACAGGGCGAGUGUCUGUCGCUCUGCAGUCUGCUGGAGAGUCGAGGCAUCUUCAGUCUGAAGAAAGCCAAAGAGGCUCGACUCACCAAGGUUUUUCUGAAGAUCGAGGAGAAAGACGUUGAAAACGCUCUGAAGGACCGGACGCUGCUGGGAAGCAUCCUCGCUGCAGGACUCCCCUCCUGAUCUUUACUACUAUUAUUAUUAUUUCUUUUUGAAUCUCAGAUUUUUAAAAUGACCUUUUAAAAGGACGUUUAUUCAAACUUCUUCAUUUUUUAAAGAAAUCCCAUUUUUGCUGGGACCUGUACAGUUUUUAUGAAAAAAAAAAAUUUAUUUUAUUUUUUUUUUCUUCAGCUGAUGUCGACUCGGUUGAAAACGUUGUGAAAUUACAGCAUUUUGUUUCAGGUCAGAUUUGAAACGUUUCAGUUUAGACGCUGGGAAUAAACAAAUGUUGAGACAUUUUUAAA